AUUUGCUUAUAGAAGCAAGUACCAAUCACCAUGGCAUUAAAUAAUAUGGAAUAAGAGAUUUGUGUGUGUGUGUGUGUUUGUGUUUUACUAUAUGUGCUAUAGUGUUUUUUGUAGGGAUAGAAAUCUGAAGCGACUAACCAAGUAACUGUGCUAGUACACUAAAAAAAAAACAAGCAGCACUAUUUCAAAUUUACCAUAUUAGUCAUUUCUAUGUAAAAAUGUCUCGUAUAACAGACUAUUUUUCGAUUUCAUCUUAUCAAAUGGUAGUCCAUGAAGAAUAUUGAUUCGAUUUUUGAAAGAAUCCCGAAGCAAAAUCCCUAUUUGCUCUUUCAUUCUCUAAUACUUGUUCCCUUAAUUAUUCUGUGUUAUACGAGCCAAAGUUCCUAUUUCAUUCCCCCUUUUUUGUUGCUUUUACUGAGGAGUUAUUCAGCAUUUAAAAAAAGGUAAAUAUUUCAAGUCAAGUAUAUUCGAAAAUAAAAAAAACCCGCACUAUUUAGUUAGUUAAGUAAAUCUAUUUAGAUAAACAAAUAAAUAAAUACUGAAUCACAUUGACAAGAGAAAAAACACACAGCAGCAACAACAGUACAUCAACCUUUGAUUUCAUUUACGGGGAAAAAAAGCAUGGCAACUAUUCGAUACUAUUAUAAACCAAAGAAUCAUUUAUUCAUUAAGGUCAAACCAUAAAGCAAACAAUGAUUUUCUUCUAUAUGUUUAAGUAUGUGUUCACUUUCGGCAUGAUCUUUUUCAAUCCAUUGAUGUAUGUUGGAAUUAUAUAAACAUUUAAAAUAUUUUCAUAACGAUUACUACUACGACGACAACGACAGCUGAUAACUGCAUAGACCAUGUCAUCUGAAAGUGGAUUAUAUCGACGUUCAUCACUGCCUUCACAAAUACAACAACAACCCCAGUCUCAAUCAAUGUCAUCAUUUAGUACUGAUACUUCAGGAUUAUUUACAUCCACUAAUAUUAAUAAUAAAACUAAGAAAGAAUGUUUUAAUUUUGAACCACAACAAUGGCGUAAAUCUGUUUGUAAAAAUUGUUUUCGUACACAACCUGAACAUUAUAAGUCCAGCAGUAAUAAUUCAAAUGAUGAAAUGAAUUCAACUUUAAAAUCUCAAUUAUCAUUUGAUAGUAAUGUGAAUAAUAAUGGAGUUGGUUGUACUGUUGAGCCCGAUAAUACUACUACUACUACUAGUAGUAGUAGUACUACUACUACCACUAAUACUACUACUACACCCGUUAAUAAUAGUAUUAACAGUAGUUGUGAUACAAAGUCACGUGAUUCAUCAAUUAGUAAAAAUAACAAUGGAUUAUUUGGUAGUAAUGCAGCAGCUAGAGCUGCUGCACGAAAAAUUGCAGUUGGACAAAGAUAUUCCGAGUUAGAUCUUCGUAAUCAUGAAGUUAGAAAAUCAACUAAUCAUAUUAUGAAUACAACCAUUGGACAACAACAACCGCAACAACAAUCUACCAUUAGUAUAAAUCAUUCAUCAGCAUCAAGUAUUGAUGCAAGAUAUGUUGAAGAAUUAGAAAAUGAUUUUUUUGCAUUAGAAGAUAAACAUGAAUUAUUAUUAAAAGAACGUGAUGAAUUAAAUAUAGAAUUAGAAGUGAAAAUUCGUACAAUCAGUGAAUUACAAACAACAUUAGAUCAAUAUCGUGAAAAGGUAUCACAACUUGAAAGACGUUGUGGACAUUUAGAAGAAGAAGUAAAGAGUUAUCGAGAACGCUUGAAACUUCCAGAAAGUGAUCAGAAUCAUUCACCGAAUACAAAUAUUUUGGAACAACAACAACAAUAUUCAAUUGGUCCUACUGAUAUUCAUUGUAGUGCAGAACUUCAACAACGUCUUAAUGAAGUGGAACAAUUAUGUCAAGAGGUUAUGGAAGAAAAUGAACAGUUAAAAGAGGAUGUUGAAGAAAUGCAUCGAGAAAUUGAAGAGAUGCAUGAUCAUUUUCAAGAAGAAGAUCGUGAUGCUGUACGUGAACUUCAACGGGAUUUAGAGGCAGCUAAUAAAGCUUGUAGAAUAUUACAAUUUAAAUUACGUAAAGCUGAAAGACGUUUUGAACAAUGUGAAGCGGAACGAGCUAAUUUAGAAGAAAGAUUAGCAAGACUAGAAUCUGAGUUAUAUAGUGAAGCAGAUGUAGCACAUAUACAUAAUUUAGAGGAAGAAUUACGUGUCGCCAAAGAAGUUGGUGUACGUUUAAAUAAUGAAUUAGAUUUAUUAGACGAGAAACGUGUUUAUUAUGAAGAAGAAAAUCGUCAACUUAAUGAAGAAUUACAAACAUCACAAAAUAAACGAAUUGCUGUGGAAAAUGAAUUAGGUAGACUUAAACUUGAGUUUGAUAAAUUGAAAAAUGAAAAAGGUGUCAUUGACAAAGGACCAUUACAAGUGAUGGAUAAAAAUAGAUCUAGACAAGGUGUUUCAUUGUCACGUGAAGAAUCAUUUGAAGAACAACAAAUAGUACGUGAUUUAGAAGCAGCUAAAGAACGUGAAACUGAUUUAUCCGAACAAUUACGAUUUGCUGAAGAAGAAAUACGUAAAGUGAAAAGACGAUUAAAAGAAUCACAAGCAGAAAAUGAUAUAUUAUCUAAAAAAAUGGGAAAAAUCGUUUCAUUACAAUCACGUGAAAGUCGAUUAACUGGAACUACCGAAGAUCAACAAAUUGUAUCAUCAACUACUACACCUUGUAAUAAUGUAAAUUCAACUGGUAACUUAGAGCAAACUAAAACUUUAUUGCCUGGAGUAACUGAACGAAUGAAAAAUAAAAUCAAUACAGAAAAUGAUCAUCGAUCAAUCACAAUGACAAAUCGUUUAUUACAAAAUACUACCAAUCUUGAAUCAAAUAAUGAUGAAUCCAAUUCUCAAAUUAUUCAAACAACCCUAACAGAUUCAACCUUGAAUAAUGAAUAUAAAGAGAAAUUUGAAUUGGCGCUUAAAGAAAAUGAUAAAUUAAAAUUAAAAUUACGCGAUAAUGAUAAACAAUUAAAACAAAUUUUACGUGAUUUACGUGUAUUAAAUAAUUUUGAAAAAUCUGAUAAUUGGUUUGAAAAAUAUAAUGAACUAUAUGAAACAAUGAAAGAUCAAGAAAAUGAAAUGACACGUAUGAAGAAGAAACUGAUUGAAUUACAAGAUGAAAAUGUGAAACAACGUAUUAAUGAGAAAAAGAUGGAGAAACCGGUGAAAAGUUAUAAAGCACGUACUAUACGCUUAGAAUUAAUGAGUCAAGAAUUAUUAAUUGAAGAAAUUAAAAAGUUAGAAGAAGAAUUAGAUCAAAAAACAAAUGAAAUUCAUAUUAUAAAUGAACAAAUGAAUAAUAUACAAUAUCAUUAUAAACAAUUUGAAGAAUCUACCUUAGAUAAUUAUACUGAAUCAAAUCAACAUAAAACUGACUUAUUAAAAUGUUUAAAUCAUUUACAAUGUAAAUGUAUUCUAUUCAAUGAAUUAGUUCUAAUGUUAGAAGAACAAAAUAAUAAUUUAUUAUUAGAAAUAUGCAGUCUUCUCAAUGUGAAUUACACAACGGAAGAUCAAACAUCUGUGACUAAGAAGGUUGAUGAAAUUUCAAAUGAAUCAGUUAAAAUAGUAGAUCCAUAUCAAAAAAUUCGAUGUCUUGAAAAACUUCUCUCAGAAGAACAUCAACAUACACUGAUUCUACAAAAACGUUUAGAACUAGCAUCUAAAUCCAAUGUUAGUAUUGAUCAAAAUCUUACAAAACAAUUAGAUACUAAACGAAGUGAAGUAUUACAAAAAGAGUUGGAUGAGAAAGAAGAAAUACUUGAUGCUCGUGAUGAACAAAUCGCUGAUUUAAAAUCACGUGUUGAACAAAUGCGUAAAAUGAAUGAAGCAAUGCGUGCAUUGAUGGAGAAGGAACCAAGUGAAAACAAGUCACAAAAACUGGGGACCAAUGUUGAAAUAACUAGUUAUAAGAAAGAAAUUGAAUGUAUGAGGAAAGAAAUGCAAAUUAUUCGUAAUAAUCUUACACAAGCUGAAAAAGUAAAAGAGAAAUUAGUCAAAGAGAAUAGAGAACUUCAAGAAGAAUUAAAAUUACGAGAAGAUUCAAUAUUUGAACAAGAUGAUGAAUUAGAACGACGUAAUAAUGAAAUUCGUGGACAUAAGUCAUCCAUUGAACAAAUAAAACGUGAGUUGGAACAAACAAAACGUGAUUUAGCUCAAGCCAAAGCUGCAGAAAUGAGUGGAGCAUCUUGUCGUUUAAGUACUAAAAUUGCAGAAAUUGAAAGGUUACGUACUGAGUUGAAUACUACUGCACAAGAGUUGAAAGAUACUAAAGUAAGUCGUGACGAACUCAAAAGAAUCGUGGAUCAAAAUGAAGAUACUAUGAAACAUCUUGGUAAUGAAGUACUUCAAUUACGUAAUGCUAUCAUUGAAAAAGAUAAAAUGUUAACUGAAUUACAUGCUUAUUUAAAAGAAUCAAGACAAAAUACAGAAAAUAUCAAGUUACAAUGUGAAAAUGCUGAAUCAAAACGAAUAGAUAUUGAAAAACGAUAUGAAGAAUUAAAGGACAGAUUUACAAAUAAAGAACAAGAAUUGAAAAAUCUACGUAAACGUAUGGAAGAAGCCGUUUCACCGGGUACUAUUCCUACUAAUAAUAAUAAUAAUAAUAAUAAUCGUGAUUCAAUUCAAGUAGAUAAUAAUAAUCUAACCAAUCGUGAAUUAAUGUUAAAUCGUCGUGGAUUUGAAGUGGAUAAAUUAAGAAGAGAAUUAUCAAUAACUAAACGAGAAAAAGAUGAUUUAUAUAUUGAAUUAAAAAAAUUACGUUGUAAAUUAGAUAAAAGGCAUACAUCAGAAGAAAGAAGUAGAAAGGAUAUAACUGGUUAUCUUCCUAAUUUCAAUAUGGGUAAUACAUAUGCAAAAGCAAUUGCAGCACAACAACCUAAUAUCAAAAUAACUUUACUUAAUGAACAUAUUAGUCUAUUAAAUCGUACUAAUAUUGAAUUAAAAAUACAAAAUGAAUCAUUACAUAAUAAUGUUAUUGAUUAUCAACGACGUUAUCGUAGUAUUAAAGAACAAUAUGAAGGUGAACAAGAAGCAUGGAUUACAGAGAGGCUUGUUUUAGAAUCGAAAGCAAAAGAGCAAGAAGAUCGUCGAACAACAAUUAUGAAUACACGAAAAUUACUUCAAGAUACAAGUGUGAAAUUAUUCGACUUGGAAAAGGAAAGUGAAAAGAAAUUAUUGAAUUUACAAACUGCAUAUGAAAAAUUAGAAAAAGAGAAACAAGCCAUUGAAUUGAAACUGGCUCAAUUAGAAGAUACACAAAAAUUACCUAAAGUAUUACAACGUUUCAGUGCUAGUUCUAGCAAUAGUACUAGUAGUAGUACACGUCCAAGUUUAUUAACUUCACAAGCACGUACAGCACAAUUAGAAAAUCAAGAGAUGAUUUUAAAAUUACAAAAUGCUGAAAGAAUAAUUAGCAAAUUACGUAAUGAAUUAAUAGAAAUUAAAGAAUUACAUGCAACACAAAGUAUUACAGCUGUACAAGAAGCUGAAGAAGCAAGAUUAACAAUGGAAAAAGAAUUGGAAGAUAUUAAAGAUCGAUUAAUAACGAUGGAAUGUUAUAGACAACAAGUGGAAUUAUUUAGACAUCGUCAUUUUGAAUUAGAAGAGGCUGCAGAAAAAGAAUAUAAAAUAUGGCAAGAUGAAAGAGAUCAAUUAAUUUAUCAAGCAGAAGAAGCACGUGUUAUGAUUGAUCAAUGGAGUACACAAAUCAAAUGUAAAGCUAAUAGUGAAGAUAAUAAAACUGAAGACAUUAUGAAUGAAAUUUUAAAAUCUAUGGAAAAAUGGUCUAGUGAACAUGAAAGAUUACCACACUUGAAACGUCGUAUGCUUGAUUCUGUAUCGUCUAUUGAAAGUACCUCUGGUAUUGGUCUAAGUUCCGGUGCAACAAACAGUCCAAUGAUACCACAAUCAUUAAAAAAUAGUUUAAUGAUCAAUUCAACAAUUUCACCAUUCUCUCCAAGUUUAUUACCAAAAGGAUCAACACUAACAAAUCAAAGAUCUACCUCAAUGGAAUGGACAAGUGGUCGAUUUCAUGGACAUUCUAUAGGAUCCUCUAGUGGUCAUCCAUUUGGAUUAAAUUUCAAAGAGAUUAAUUAUGGAUUAGGCACAAACAGUGGUACAUCGUUAUUAAGUGGUUUUCGUGGCAGUGCAUUAAGUCUUGCAACAAGCGCCGGAUUAGGUGGUGGGAGCAAUUACAGUUUAAUGGUUAAUAGUCGUUGUGGCAGAUCAGUUUCGCCUGAAGUUACUGUGAAAAAGAUCUCAAAUUAUCCUGAUCCAACACUUGGAUUUUUAGUUCGUCCAACUUCUAGACAAGGUUCACAAGAUAGUUUGGCUAGUAUUACUGAUUAUUCCCAGAGAUCAUUUACAUUACCAGGUAAACCACCAAUUAGAAGUGUUAUCUCACCAGCAAGACGUAUGUUCUUUGAAGAUAAUCGUGAGAAUAAGUCUAGUGAAAUUGAUUUACAUCCUAUACAACAACAGCAUACAAAUUAUCAUAAUGAAUCAACUAAAGCAAGUCAAUUAAGUUUACAUAAUUCUGAAGAGAGAAAUGAUAUAAAUAGUUCAUCUCAUCCUAAUACUACUAAUAAACAUACUACUAAUUUAUCACAAAAAAUUAAUGAUAAAUCAAAAUCAUUGGUAAAAACUGAUUUAGAUAUAAGUAGUAUAUCAAAUUAUUCACAAAUUUCAACUACUACUAAUAAUAAUCAUAAACAGAAUGAUAAAGGUCAAUCAAAAUUAACGGAUAAUCUAGAUAAAACAAUCAAUAAUGGUACCCAUUCCCGUUUAUCAUUUACUAAUCGUUUUACUCGUUGGUCUAAUAAUUCUAAUAAUAAACAUCUUGAAAAAGCUCAUUCAGUUGAACCAAAUUCUUUGAAUGAUUUCAAAAAGGUGAAUACAUCUGAUAAUGGUAAUAAUAGUUCGAUUAUGAAAACCAUUAGUAAAUCUAAAGAGAAUCUAUUUAUGAGAUCAACUAAAAAAGAUAAAACUCAUGUAAAAUCAAAUUCACAAGAAAAAUCAAUAAAAGGUAAUAAUCAUCAAUCGAAUGAAUCAAUAUCUACAUCAGGAACAUCAUCAAUUACAACAACAACCAUGACAACCACGACAACCACCACCACAACAACAACAACAUCUUCAUCAUCAAUAAAUCAUCAUGAAAAUUCUUCACAAUCCAUAGUUAAACGAUCAAAAUCAGUAUCUAAUAUUUCACCAGCAAUUAUGGCUUUAAGACAGAAAUUUUCAGGGGGUGGAAAAUCAUAAAUAUCAGUUGAACAUUACAUCAUGAAAAUCAAAGAUUCCCCUUAGAUACAUGAUUUAUAUAUACAUAGAGAGAGAGAGAAAGAGAGAAAGAGAGAGAGAGAGAGACAAUAUCAAUACAUGC